CUCAGAGCCUCCCUCAGAGAGAGGAUGAGGACAGCUGGGUCAGAAAUGGAAUUCCCCGAGCUGUCAUCCACGGCUGCAGUCACCUUCAACUACGACUACUACUACGAUGACCAGUGCCAGCACCAGCACCUGCAACAUAUGUCUGUUUUCCUCCCUGUCCUUUAUAGUGCCGUGUUCCUGGUGGGCAUUGUUGGCAACUCAAUCCUGAUAGUGGCCUUGGUCUUCAAGCGACAGGUCCAGAGGCUGAUUGACAUCUUUAUUGUCAACCUCGCUGCAUCUGACUUCAUCUUCCUCAUCACUCUUCCUUUCUGGGUGGACAUGGAGGUGUCGGACGAGAGCUGGAGGGUAGGAUCUUUCCUCUGCAAAGCCAGUUCCUAUGUCAUCUCAGUCAACAUGUACUGCAGCAUCCUGCUCCUCACCUGUAUGAGUGCUGACCGCUACCUCGCUAUCAUGCACCCCUCUAUCGCACGGCAGAUCAGGACAAGAGCCUAUUCCAGAGCACUCUGCAUCUGUGUCUGGUUAGUGUCCUGCUGCUUAGGGAUGCCAACCCUUUUGUCCAGAGAACUGAGGAAGCAAGACGGAAAGACUUACUGCACAGACAAAGCCGUGACAGAAGUCAAACUGAUCAUGUCACUGAUGCUUUUAAUCCUGGCCUUCUUCUUCCCACUGUUGAGUAUCUUAACCUUUUACUGCUCCAUCACCAAGAGACUCUGUGUGCACUAUCAGAAGGCUGGGAAACGUGAUAAGAAACUGAGAAAAUCCAUCAAGAUCGUCUUCAUUGUAGUGGCAGCAUUUGUUGUCUCCUGGGUUCCUUACAAUCUUUUCAAGCUUAUGGCCAUCCUUUUGCGACUCCUAAAGCAGCCCGACUGUUUUACUGGCACCGUUGCCCAGCUGGGCAUAAAGGUGAGCAGCCCUUUUGCUUUUGCCAAUAGCUGUGCCAACCCUUUCAUUUACUUUUGCUUUGACAACUACAUCCGCAGAGCCAUGCUCCAGUGCCUGUGCCCAUGGGUGAAAAUCAGCAGCAACAGCUCUGAAACCCUGGACACCAACUUGAGCCAUUCCUUAUCCAAUUUCGUGGCAGGGGAGUUUGCCACCAGGAAGAGGAAGCGCUCUGUGUCCCUCUAACUUUGAGCUGGGACUGCGGAGGAAGGAACUUUUUCCCCAAAGAUGGCAGGAAAAGAAAAAGAGAAAUGAGCAACAGAGACAGGUGCUUCAGGUGGGAGGGGUGUUGCUUCCUUUUAAAUGCAGAUAGAUGGAAUAGGAAACCUUAACCACAGAAUUACUUCACAACGAUUGCUGUGACCAUGCACAGUGUAAAUGUGAAACCGUCAUACCAAGAAAUAGCUACAAAUGCUCGUGCUGGAACCCCAGUACAAAUGCUACCAACUAGAGAAAAGAACCAUCUGAUUCAGUCAAGGCCUCUCCAAGACAAGCUUUGAACUAAUGUGUAUAUAGGUUUUUAUUCUGUGCAAGAAGAGCAACCCGAGUGUUUCUUUUUGGUUCCUAGCUUGCCCACAAAUUAUUCACAAUGCCCCCAAACCAACCCGAUCAAUUCUGGGGUUUUGGAGGUUUUUUGAACUUAGAAAUCCAAUAUUUUAAUGAAUUUGUGUGUUACCAGUUCUCAUAACUCGAGUCUUGUGCAUUUUAAGCCUCAGCUUUUUAUUACAGCAUUAAAUUCUCUAAUUUUAAUCACAAUAAUUAAAGUGAUUAGCCACUCGGAUUUCAGAAAAAAACAACUUGAAGGCAGAGAAACCAGGAGACAAGCAAAACUUUGCAUUUAACCUUUCUCUUAAAGAAAAGCCCAACAAAAGCACACUUGUGCUUUUUAAGGCAUUUUUGUGGACCUGACACAAUUUCUGAUUGCUUGGGUCACAGCUAAAGAGUCACUGCUUUUUACUAAGUGAAAGGACACAGUGAGUUCUGGAGUGAAAGGUUACACACAUGCAAACCUGCUAAAAGACUUCAAAGGGAAGACAGCUAUGUCAGCUAACACAGCUCAUGAAAAAACUGUCUGGACAGCCGAGAAAAAAAACCCUGGAGACUGGACAAUGGCAGUGGUAUCCCUCCGAUGUAACUGCAGCAUGUGUACAUUCACUAUGGCUUUUCUUUUCACACCUCUGUAUUUUCUAAACAUCUGUAAAUGAGAAUAACUACAGAGUGUUACAAAUAAAUCCUGGUAUUUGCAUUUUGUAUUGAA